AUGCCCUCAGUGCUCCAGAGUUGGAAAGAGCCAAAGUUCAACACAAUUGGAGAAGUUGUUGAGUUCUUUCAUCAAGUCUUUGAGGGACUUCAAUAUAUGCACUCCAAUGGUGUAGCUCACCGAUGUCAAGUACGACAACAUCCUAAUGGACCCAACUGGCCUAUAUUCGAUACUUCCCCAUCCAUUGGAGACACAGCGAAUUUUGGCCACGCAAAAAAAUACGACCUGUCGGUGCCACUUGAAGAACGCCUGGAGCACCCGAGGUGGGGUGCGGGUGAUAAGUCAAUUCCAGAAUUUGCUAAGGAUCAACGGUGCGAUCCAUUUGCCGUUGAUGUCUAUUGUCUAGGACACAUGAUACAAUGUCAAUUCCUGGAGGGUGAGGAAUUUACGAAACCCAUGAAAGGAUUUGGUUUCAUGCGAUGUCUCGUCGGUGAUAUGUGCAAGGAGAAUCCAAAGGAGAGACCGAUGAUGGAUCAAGUCAUGGAUCGUUUUGAAAAAAUUUGUGUACGAUUGAGUGAUUGGAAGUUACGUUCUCGUGUUGCAAGGAAGAGGGAACUGUGGAUUGUUACAUUCUUGCAAUCCUUCCGUCACCGUCACACACAAAUCAAGCUUGCUCGGCGGGAGACUGCUGCAAUACCCAAGAACUUGCCAGUUGUCAUCCCCGACUUUUGGAUCGGAUUUUCCCGUGGAGGCGCACACCUGAAAAAAAAUAGAGUGAGUGUUGGGCGUGGUCGAGACAAAGAUGCGACUGACCCAUACCUGUACCCAUUAAGUAACACCAGGGUGCCAGAAGAUAAUCGAUUAUGA